AAGUUUUAUUGUGUAUUUGUGACUUGUAAUCUUUUCCCAUCUUGAGUAGUUAAUUAUCAGUUGUCGAAAACAGGUACUUAUCCUGUAAGACACCCUGAGGGAUACAAGAAUAGCUUUAAAGUACACUUGCAAACAAGCGUGAUAACCAAGUGUUUGCGAAGGACUGAUAGCAUUGAUGAUUUCUGUAGGGUUGCACAAUCUCUUCCUUGCAUGGCUACACAUAUUCACCUAUGUUUAGGUGCAGACCACCACAUGGAUCAAAAUGCGGCGACAAUGUACUUAUAUAUGCAACUAACAGAAGAUCCUGAUAACGAGGUAAUGAUGCUUUGACAAAGACUUGCUUCAUCGCCGGUCAGCAAAGACAAAGGAAACGCUCCAUAACCACCAAGUUACACUCCGCGAGAAGUGACAGUGAACAUCAGGAAAAGCACUUCAGGUAAUAUUGGGCGGCCAUGGAGAGCCUCCUUGGUGAGGUUGGAGCCGGAGGGAGAUUUCAGGUGCAGCUGGUGGCAAGUGUUAAGUUUGCGGACAUGUCGCUCGCUUGGGGAAUGAUGCAGAUGACUUUCGCUGGUCUGGUCCCCGACUGGUGGUGUCAGCCACCCGAGGCCGCCAACAGUUCCCAUGGAAACUGGUCCCGUGACAACACGACCUUCCACAUCUGUCCUGUGUCCAACAACAGCGACACGUGUGGUGAGGUGGUCUUUGACGACUCUGUCCAAACCAUCGUUAACGAGUGGACACUAGUCUGUGACCUCGACUAUGUCAAGCCCAUGGUGACGUCACUACAGAUGGGCGGGGUGUUGUUCGGCGCCUUGCUGGGAGGACAGGUGUCUGACUCGUUGGGGAGGCGGCCAACUGCGUAUCUAGCGUACCUGGCUAACCUCAUCGUCUCCCUAGUGACUGCCUUCUCCAUCAGUUGGAGGAUGUUCGCCAUCAUGCGGGUCUUGAUUGGCGUCACCUUGGGCGUCAACAUCGUCGUACUGUACACCUAUAUGCUGGAGUUCAUCGGAAGCAAACGGCGGCAGCUGGUAUCAGCUAUACCUGGGUGGAACAUUGGCGUCUGUCUAUUUGCUCUGAUGGCCUGGCUGUUUCCUAACUGGAGUCACCUACACAUGGCCGUAGCUGCUUUGAACCUGCCCUUCCUUCUCACCUGGUUCGUAUUUCCGGAAAGUGCGCGAUGGCUGGCUGUCAAGGGGCGUCUGCAGGAGGCAGAAGCAGUGAUCAGUCAUCUGGCACGGGUCAACGGGAGGCAGAAACCCAAGGACACGCUAGAAAGGCUACAAGAGGUCAUGGAGGAGGAACUGAAGGCAGGUCAAGGUCGUCGUUACACCUACAUAGAUGUCUACCGCGGCUGGCGCAUGGCAGUGACCUCACUUGCCAUUAACUUUAUCUGGUUCUGUCUGUCGUUUUGUUAUUAUGGGAUUUCCUUCGGCGUCAGUGCGCUGAGCGGGAACCUGUAUCUGAAUAUCGCCUUGAUGGUACUGGUGGAGAUUCCAGCCAACUUUGUCUGCGUAUUUUUUGCAGACAGAUUUGGUCGCAAAUGGACUACUUUCUUUCUUGCCAUCUUGAGCUCUUUGUCAAGUUUUGGGAUUUUAAUCAGUAAUUUUAAAGCACCGACAACACAGCAAGAAACAAUCACAACAACUCUGGCCAUGAUUAGCAGGCUGUCUGUGGGAGCUGGCUGGACGGUCAUGAACACCUUUACAUUGGAGCAGUACCCCACAGUAAUCAGGAACCUUGGCAUAGGUGCUGCUAAUACAGCUGCUCGUGUUGGAGGGGUGCUGGCGCCGAUUGUGCUUAACAUGGACAAUGAGGAAGAGGUUGUUCACGGCUACAUUGUGGUGGGUAUUCUCAUGGGAGUUUCGGCCUUCACGUUGUUGUUGUUGACGGAAACCAAAGGUCAAGACCUUAGAGACAGCAUGACCUCUGUUGAGGUCGACAACAGAAUUGUCAAUGAGCCAUCAAGCCGGACAUCCAGUCUGGAUGCUGUUGUCCCACCGAUGACAGAGGAGCCAUCAUGGUCAAGUUCUAGGACGGAUGCUGCUAGUGCUGUUAUAUCGAGGACAGGAGAGCCAGCAAAACCUUUGACCCCGACCUCAUAUGAAGCCAAAGAGCAGGUGGAGGUGAAGGUCGAAUAUUAAGUAGUUCAUGUUCAUCUAAGUAUGAACCUGUGUGUGUGUGAAACAACAAAUUUCACACUGCCGCCUUCAUGAACGACCUGUUGCGCAUGUAGUGUAUGAAAGUCAUCAAAGGGAUAAAUUACAAAGGACAGAUUAAACUUAUGUUGGCUUUGCCUGAUGACAAAAAGCUAAUUCUAUUUGAAUUUCUUCAACUAUUUUGUAUAUUGUUUGUUUAUAGCAAACCGAUUUUUUUUAAUCUCAUAUUUUUGUAUCUUUCAUUCCCUUGACAGGAGAUUUUGAAUGUUGAUCAAGCUCCUUUAACCAAAAGUGUGAUAUAUGUGGUACACGAAAACAUUCAAACAAGCCAUCCAACAAAGCUGAUACAUAAUAAAAUAUUUAAACUGUAA